ACACGUAUUAGCCAAGCCAAGCCAAGCCAACCGUGCUCUCUCUCACACAUAUAGGAGGAGAGCAAGGAAGCGGGUAUUGAUUCGUUUGUUUUGUCGAGGGCUCUCUCUGUUUGGUGACAUCUCAUCAGCACCUGCUUCUGUGCGUGUGCGUCCUCGCAAGGCUUGAUCAUCAUCAAACAGAGAGAAGAGCCUAGGCAUGGGAAAGAAACUCGAUGCUCUACUUGGUAGAUCAUUCAAGGCCUACAAAUUCAAUGCGCUUGUCAAUCUUGCUCUCUCACGCCUUGCAGUCUUGAAAAACCAGCGCCAGGUCCGGUACGAUCAAGCCAGGUCUGAUGUCGUUAAGCUCCUCGAAAUUGGCCACCAUGAACGCGCUCUUCUUCGAGUUGAGCAGGUGAUCAAGGAGAGGAAUACGUUGGAUGUGUAUACAAUGAUGGAGAGCUACUGCAGUCUCUUGAUUGAGAGGGUGAGCCUCAUUGAACAAGAGAGAGUAUGUCCUGAUGAACUCAAAGAGGCAAUAGCUAGCUUGCUUUAUGCAUCUUCCAGAUGUGGGGAUUUCCCAGAGCUUCAAGAACUUCGUGCAGUUUUCACCACUCGCUACGGCAAGGAGUUUGUUUAUAGCGCCAUUGAAUUGCGCAAUAACUGCAGAGUGAAUCUUAAGAUGAUGCAAAAGCUGUCAACCAGGCAACCAGGCUUGGAGAACAGAAUGAUGUUGCUGAAGGAAAUUGCUUCUGAAAAGAGAAUUACCCUGCAGUUAGACGAAGCUUCGUCUGUGUCCACUGAGGAAAAACUGGGUGAAAACAAGAAUCAAAACCGGCCUAACAAAUAUAGAUCAACUAAUUCAGGCAGCAGCAAGUUAGGUGACGAUUUGCAGAAUUCACCUGAAGCACUACUAAAUGAUGGAUUCUCAGACUCAAUGAAGACAAGGAAGACAUACAGGGAUGUAGCAGAUGCAGCUCAAGCAGCUUUUGAGUCAGCAGCGUAUGCAGCAGAGGCUGCAAGAGCAGCAGUAGAACUCUCUCGAACAGACAAUGAUUCUGAUGAUCAGAACAGCCCCAAUAAUCGGAGAAAGAACGCAUUUGACAGAGAUGAGUCUUUCAGAGUAGAAUCUAACCAGGAAAAUGGGGUAAUCCAAAAUAAAAAUCAAGCAGGACAGGAGGACAAGCCAGCAGCAGUAGUGAAGAGGACAAUGUCUACGUCAAGUUCAGAUUCAGCACAAGAGAAUGUGAAAGAAACCAUUAUGUCACCAGAGGUUGAUGUUGUAGCCAAACUGUUGGAAAAGGAGAUAGUGUUUGACGAGAGUGAUGAUGAGGUCCAACAAUCAAAAAAUUCUAGUUCAGUAAAGGAUGGAGGUGGCUUAGUCAAGAGCAGUGCAACAAUCCACCAUCCAUCUCAUGAGCAAAACCCUACAAACAUUGAAGCUGUUCAAAUGGUGGAAUCAGAGGCAGGACAACACCAAUCACAUGCCACUGAAUACUCAGGCAUGAAGAAUAUACAGCCCUCAAACAAAGAGAAGCGACCAUUUUCCCUGAGGACCAGAAAAACUCCAAGGAACUAAGAAUUAUAGACCAUUAUUUGUUUUUUCUUUCAAAAGUUUUGUGGUUAUGCCUAAUAAGCAUAUGCUGAGUUUAUGCAAAAGGUUUGUUUCUUCAUUUCUCCUAAAACAGAUUUUCAGAAAUGUAACCAGGUACAUUUCAUGCUCGCUGUUGAAAUUCUUUGAAAAUAAUAGAAAAAAAGUUACAAUUUGGUUCUCUAAA